CGGAGCCCGGAGCCCGGAGCCCGGAGCCCCGCGCCCGCGCCCUCCGCGGCCCCGCGCCCGCCUCUCCGAUGGGCAACCUGCUCGGCGGGGUCAGCGUGCGCGAGCCCACCACCGUGGAGGACUGCGACUCCACCUGGCAGACGGACUCGGAGCCCGAGUCCGAGGAGCUGGGGCCGGGCGGCGGCGAGGGCCCGGGGCGGGAGCCUGCGCAGCCCCCGGAGCCCUUGGAACCCUCGGAGCGAGCCGGCGGCCGGCCCCGCGCCAGCCCCGCGCCGGACCGGGACGCCGAGGCGGCGGGCGCCGAGCAGGGGGCUGAUUCCACGGAAGCAACCGCCAAACCAAAGAGAAGUUUUUAUGCUGCGAGGGAUUUGUACAAAUACCGACAUCAGUACCCACAGAACUUCAAAGAUAUCCGAUAUCAAAAUGACUUGAGCAAUCUUCGUUUUUAUAAGAAUAAAAUUCCAUUUAAGCCUGAUGGUGUUUACAUUGAAGAAGUUCUCAAUAAGUGGAAAGGAGAUUAUGAGAAGCUGGAACACAACCACACCUACAUCCAAUGGCUUUUCCCCCUGAGAGAACAAGGCUUGAACUUUUAUGCUAAAGAACUAACUACGUAUGAAAUUGAGGAAUUCAAGAAAACAAAAGAAGCAAUUAGAAGAUUCCUCCUGGCUUAUAAAAUGAUGUUGGAAUUUUUUGGAAUAAAACUGAUAGAUAAAACUGGCAAUGUUGCUCGGGCUGUGAACUGGCAGGAAAGGUUUCAGCAUCUGAAUGAGUCUCAGCACAACUAUUUAAGGAUCACUCGUAUUCUGAAAAGCCUCGGCGAGCUUGGAUAUGAAAGUUUUAAAUCUCCUCUUGUAAAAUUUAUUCUUCAUGAGGCUCUUGUGGAAAAUACUAUUCCCAAUAUUAAACAGAGCGCUCUGGAGUAUUUCGUUUACACAAUUAGAGACAGAAGGGAAAGGAGAAAGCUCCUGCGAUUCGCCCAGAAACAUUACACUCCCUCGGAGAAUUUUAUCUGGGGACCACCGAGGAGGGAACAGCCCGAGGGCAGCAAAGCCCCGAAGACCCCCGCCCUGCCCACCUCCGGGCAUCACAGCCAGGCGUCUAUGCACAAAAAACCCAAGGACUCCAAAAAUUCCUCUGCAGCUGUGCAUGUAAAUAGCAAAACAGCCGAAGACAAAAAAGUGGCACCUGGGGAGCAGGGGGAGGAGACAGAGAGGCCCAGCUCAGAGCCCGGCGCUGAGGCCGCCAGACUGGGAGACGCCGAGAGAGACAGUGAUGCAGACAGUUCCAGUCCUCAAGGGGAAAAGACGAUUGCCCAUCCCGGGGAGAAGAAGGAGAGUGCGUCUCCCUCCGAAAAAGAUGAAGAAGGUGAAAACCAUAACAGAGACUGUGAAAGUCCUGGAGAUACAGGUUCCCAUGAUGAAGCUCAGUUACAGUGAAUUAUCAGAAAGCCCCCAAACCCAUGUGGGUGAGGGAGGAAAAAGCUGCUGUACAGUGUGCUCUGAGGAACAGAGGCGACGUUUCUGAGUGUAGCCAGAUAUUUGUGAUUUCUGUUGUGAGCAUUUAGUUGUCACUUGAUUUUUAUUUCAGAUGACAGUGAGUUUAAGAUUUAAAAGGAAGUCUGAAGACAGGACCCAGUUAAUGAAUGUAUUCUCUAACACUUUUGGGAUGUGAGUUUUCGAAUCCUUUACACAACAAUUGCUUUUAAAUUAUUUUCAUUGCAUCUGGAAAUAAUCAUGUAGUCUUGGGUAUAGCAAAUAAAUUCUUUGGAGAGACUACAUUCUACAUGAAGAGAAUCAAGAGGAUACUUUCGUUCUGUUGCCACCCUUUGUCCGAUUUAUGGGUUCCCUUUUUUAAGCUGCAAGAAAGAAUUUGGUCUUCUCAGAUGAAUUCAGAAAGAAAUUUGGAGUUUACCAUUACAGCACCUCAGCAUGUUUAUUUUUAGGUUCUGGUAAGUGGGAUGGAUGUUCUUGGGGAGAAAUACACCCCUCUCCCCGUGUGUAGGUCCCACUGUUUUUCCUCUUCCCCUCUCCAUCCUCGCCCUCAGUGGCCACCUGUGCCGCAGGCACCUGCAUUUCUAGUGUACAUUCCGAUGAUCUCCUACGGUGACAUUUACAUGGAACAGAGGGGACUGCCAGCUGUAUGAUUUCAAGAAUUUGCUUUGUUUAAAAUAAUAAAAAUGUUUUUCUGUAUUAAGUGCUUGAAAACAAAUUUUGAUGCAGAAGUCCAAGGAGAGAACUUUGCCUUCUGUGGCUGUUCUGUAUAAAUUUGGUGCUUGUUUCUGAAUGCAAAUGACUACAGAAUUUAAAAUUAAGAAAGGAAAUUAUUCACUUUUAAAAGGCAUGCAUCUUGCACUGGCAACAAGGCAGUGGUCCCUAAAACCAUGAAUAUCUCAGUGUUAUGUGGACUGUGAAGUUAAUAUUGCUUAGUCCACAGUGUAU